AUGGAGGGUCUUGUUGAUCAAGAACCGACCGUGCAUAGUAUCGAUGCGACUCUGAAAUCGAAAUUGCAAUUACCAGCAAGCUGUGACCCACCACUCGCUAAUGGCAGACGGCAGCUAGUGUGGAUUGUCUUUGGAGGAACCGGUCAUAUGGGUCGCUCUCUCGUGAAAUGUGCUCUCGCCCGUGGCGAUCGUGUCGUGUCUGUGGGCAAAGUCUUUGAGACAGGACCACAGUAUACGGUGAGCCAAGAAGAGAUGCUCCUUCGGGCAUACUGCGAUGUUCGUGCAAGAGAUUCUGUGGCCCAGGUGGUACAGAGGACUUUGAGCCACUUCGGCAAGCUCGACGUGGUCGUGAAUUGUUCAGGCUACGGCGUCAUCGGCGCCUGUGAGGACCAGGACGAGUACGAAGUUCGAAAUCAGUUUGAAACAAAUUUCAUGGGCACACUACACAUUAUCCAAUGCACGUUGCCGUAUUUCCGGGAGCAAAAUGCUGGUCGAUAUCUAAUAUUUAGUUCUACAUCUGGGGCUCUCGGUGUUCCUGGGCUUGGCCCCUAUUGCGCUACGAAGUACGCAGUCGAGGGAUUAAUCGAAGCGAUGUUGUAUGAGACGGAUUCCUUCAAUGUCAAGGCUACAUUGGUUGAGCCUGGCCUCGUUAGAAGGGAUGAGCCCGAUUCGAUCACGAACCCCUUGCCAACCUGGGGUCAUUUUCUCAUCAACCCGAGCAGCGAAGCCUAUGCCCAUGCGACGUCCCCUGCUCUCCACGCAAAGCGAAUGGUUCAGUGGCUUGAGAUAGGCAGCCCACGAGCGUAG